CCUUCCCCGCCAUCUUCGGCUGUUGCGCUGCUGACUCGCCCGACCGUUGCCGCAAAGCAAGCUUUUCGCUGCUUAUAUAUUCUGAGCAUCGCCUGUCGCCUGCACAUCCGGCCCGUCUGCGCUGCACGCUGCCCCUCGCCCUCCUCGUCCUGACUGUCGGCGACAACGCCUGCCAGGCUUCCCAUCCCCCUCAGCGUCAUCCCGAGGAGCGAUAGCCUCUCAUCGAUCCCCUUCGUCACCCAACUCGAACUCGAUCACCAUAUUCCCCCCUUCCCCGGCACACCCCCUCUAUUCCCUACAUCGCACCCCACUCUCGCCUCGCCAACCAUGGCCUUUAACCCCAACGAUAACUACUCUGGGUACAUCACCAACCUCAACCUCGCCGAGACCCUCCAGCCGUCGCCCUCGGUCGUCGAGGACCAGAGCCUGCAGGCCGAGCUCGACCUCUGGUCGACCGCCGACUUUUGCAUCGACGGCCUCGAUGUCUUCUCCUCUGCGAAUCUGGCCUCGUGGGCGCGCGACAUCCAGCCCGAGGGCUCGUCGUCGUCGGACGCUGCUUCCUGCGGCGGCAACAGCAGCUUGCAGUCGCCUCCGCAGCCACCUGGUUACCCCGCCCUCGCUGGCUACCAAUCGUCGCCCCAAGUGAGCUCGGGCCCGUCCACGCCCAACUUCAACCCCAUCCACAACAUGCCGAUGCAGCCCAUGGGCCCGUCCCCGUCGUCGUCGUCGUCGUCGUCCCUGGGCCUGGAUGCACCAAAGUCGCAGGCCGUCCUCGAUAUGUAUCUUCAGCAGCAACUGAUCCAGCAACAGAUUUCGCAGCGCUUCAUUGCCGAGCAAAUCGCCCAGCAGAACCAAAUCCUGCAGUCGCUCAUCUCGACACAGGCGUCGCUUUCCACCCAGACAUCGACCCUUGCUGCCCAGGUGCUUCCGCCGCCCUCGGUCGGUCCCAUGUCGGUGCACCCCGGACCCGGGCCUCUUCACAACAUUCCUAUUCCUGGUCCUGUCCCUGUUCCCGUCCACACGUCUCCCGUUCCCACCCUUCCAUCGCACCCGCCGCCGCCACCUCGCCUGGCUCCCAAGGAGGCUCCUCUCCUGCCAAAGAUUGCGCCGAUUGCGUCCAAGCCCGCCAGCGUGCCUCCCCAGGAGCCUCCUGCCCCCCUCGUCAACACCAACAACAAACGUCCGCUGUCGUCGCUUUUGAACCCGCCAUCGGCACCGACCCCUGCCUCCACCGGCUCUCCAGCACCGCUUGCCUCCUCUGCUCCUGUAACCCCUCCGCUCAGGAUCUCCACCAAGAAGCCAGCCGUGACACCCUUGGAGACCAAGCGCGGCGAUUCUUCCCAGAGCGAGUCUCCCUCACCCACUGAGGAGAACGCAGCACUCGACUCGCCUAUCAAGGAUAGCUCGGACAAGGCUUCUUCGGCGUUCGACAAGAACUCAGAACCCCUCAACAAGCGACAGCGGAACACGGCUGCAUCGGCUCGCUUCCGCGCCAAGAAGAAGCAGCGCGAGCAGCAGCUUAUGCAAACGGCCAAGGAUAUGACUGCCCGCUCCGAGCUGUUGGAGCGACGUCUGCGAGAGUACGAGAUGGAAAUCAAGUGGCUGCGACAGCUCGUCACUGAACGCCACGGGCGCUCGCUUGCGGAUAUCUACGAGCAGAACGGUCUCAAGCUGGACGACCACGUCCUGCCCGCUAUCAACUCUGCGGAAGAGGCGCCGCCGACAGCCGAGCAGUCCGUCGGCAUGUACGCGCGGCUCUACGGCAAGGACCCAUCGAUCCAGGGCCUGGAUCCGGCCAAGCGGCUUCGCCACUGAUCGCAUCCUCGUAUUUAUUGCGUCGGCCAGCGCGAAUGUGCCCCCCGCUCCUGCCCUGCCUCGAUCCGGAUCUCUCCCCCUUCAUCGCCCACAUCGACUAUCGACCAUACGCUGU